UCCCCGAGUGGACGGCGUCGCUGAAGCCGGGCAGCCUGCGAGCUGACACGGGAGCAGGUUGCCCGACGCUCGCUUCUCCUCCUGGCGGAUGUCUCGCGAACAGAUGCUCGAGUGAGACGUUUCGCAGCAAAAGACGGGCUUUCUGUAUUUUCGCAGCGUCCCCCACCCCCGCCCCCCUCUUCGACCAUGGCAUCCAACUUCAACGACAUCGUGAAACAGGGAUACGUGAGGAUACGGAGUAAGAAACUGGGGAUCUUCCGAAGAUGUUGGCUGGUAUUCAAAAAGGCGUCCAGUAAAGGGCCCCGCCGCUUGGAGAAGUACCCUGAUGAGAAGGCCGCCUACUUUAGGAGUUUCCACAAGAUCACGGAGCUCCAUAAUAUCAAGAACAUUAGCAGGAUGCCGAGAGAGACCAAGAAACACGCUGUGGCCAUUAUAUUCUGUGACGACACAUCCAAGACAUUUGCCUGCGAAUCAGAGCUGGAUGCGGAGGAAUGGUGCAAGCUACUGAGCGUGGAGUGCCUGGGCAGCCGUGUCAACGACAUCAGCCUGGGCGAGCCAGACUUGCUCGCGGCGGGGGUGCAGCGGGAGCAGAACGAGCGUUUCAACGUGUACUUAAUGCCCACCCCGAACCUGGACAUCUACGGGGAGUGCACCAUGCAGAUCACCCAUGAGAACAUCUACCUGUGGGACAUCCACAACGCGCGCCUCAAACUCGUCAUGUGGCCUCUCAGCUCGCUCCGCAGAUACGGUCGAGACUCCACCUGGUUCACCUUUGAGUCCGGAAGGAUGUGCGACACGGGCGAGGGCUUGUUCACGUUCCAGACACGAGAGGGGGAGAUGAUCUACCAGCGCGUCCACUCGGCCACUCUGGCCAUCGCCCAGCAGCAUGAGAGGAUGAUGGAGGAGAUGGAGAAAAGCUCGCAGGUGCGCUCUUCAGAGAUGCUCAGCAAGUCCAUUUCCCUGCCCCGCAGUGCCUACUGGCAGCACAUCACGCGGCAGAACAGCGUGGGGGAUCUCUUCAGUUACCAAGCGAGCAGCAUGUCGAUGACGUUCAUCCCUCGAGCGCAAACAUUUCCCAACUUUUUGUCACGCGAGCCCGAACGGGAAGCGGAAGAAGGGAAGGUGGAAGAAGGAAGGCGGCGCCAGGAAGAGGCGCCGUCGCCCUCUAGUGGCCGAGCAGCAACUUGCAGCCUGAGGCCGCCUCAAUGACAAUCGACUGACUUGACUGGCCGAGGACACUUGCUGGAGCCCAACCCCACUGUAGACGCUCACGUGCAACCGUAUGUCUUCUGUGACGUCAUAUGCAGAUAUGGUCGCCCUUGUUUUGUAUGUCGCGUGACAGAAGUAGCGUCUUUCAAGGCACCAUACUUGUUUAAAUAAAUGUCCUUUUUUAUGUUAGAACCGGAAUCUGAAGAACGUGUGACGUCACAGUGGCAUGUCCAAUAGAACACCUUAUUAAAGCUAACAUAUCAGUCCCAUUACACUCUAUUUAAGAUACAGUAAUGUCUAAAUUUGAUUGUCACCAUUCGCUAGAUGUUUGUUGAUUAUUGUGAUUGUAGUUUGCACUGGAGCCCAUGAGCUGACGAAGUGGCCACUGGAAAGAUCAAUUGGAAACAGCAGUUCGAAAUCAAUUGGGAAUGUCAUUGUUUCCUUCCUUAUCCACAGGUAUCUUGCUGAGAAAGCCUAGUAAAAUCAAAUUAUACGAAAUAUAUCAUAGAGUUGUCCGAGCCGGUCUAGUCCCUCUCCCUCCCCUUUUCCAUUUUCUGUCCUCACGGAAGAAGUGCCUUCAGACCCAUUGAGACCUCCUGUAACCUUCUUAUUGUGGCUUGUUCUAGUGUACACAAAAGUUAGCACUGUCUCGCCUGUAACACACCUGCUGGCACAUUCAUAUCUUUUGUGCGAAAUGCAGAAAGGAUGACACCAUAUCAAAAUUUUCAAGGUCCUUUGGUGGCAAUUUAUUUGAAUGUUAUUAUAUAGUUUGUGUAGAAACAAAGGCCGUAGGACUGAGAGAAAUGUACAAGCACUUCAUUGUUCCACAGUUCCCCUCAAGUGUCACUUUAUUUAAUGUGGGCGUGUGUUGAAGAAAAUCUGUAGACAUCAUGUUUGUUUAAAUGUGUGGUCAGAUUACAUCGAUAGCACUUUCAUUAUGUUUCAGUUUUCACUCAAUGUAAAUAUGUUUUUUGAUGACAGAGGUAAUAAACUUGAAUGUUCUCUCA